GCCUGGGCAGUCUCUCCCCCCUUUUUCUUUUUUCAAAGUCGCUUGAACGCGACCAGAGGGCAGGGGGAGGCACUCGGUAACCUAGGAGUCCUGGCUCCGCCCCUUCUGCCUUUGGCCUGGUCUGCUCCUCCCAUCACCACUCAGAGGCGGCUACUGGCCCGCAUCGAAGACCGAAAGCUCAGUCUCGGGCUUCAAGCCCUGUAGCGGGGAAGACAUCUAAUGGUACAUCACUGCUCUGUUCUGCCUCAGUCUCGGGGGCCAUCCGGAAAGCUUUCCGAUAAGGCUUCUCAGUGAGCCCGCACUCGAUUAAAUCGGUCUGUCUCUUCAGACCAAGGAGGCGGGCUCGCCGCAGCCGCUUCAAGGCCGAGGCUAGAGGAGCUUACUGCGCACGCGCAGUAGCCAGCGAUGGAGCCACCAAUGGAGCAGUCCGGAGGGGAGCAAGAACCGGGAGCUGUCAGGCUCCUGGACCUGCCCUGGGAAGACGUGCUGCUCCCGCACGUCCUGACCUGGGUCCCGCUGCGCCAGCUGCUCCGGCUGCAGCGCGUCAGCCGCGCCUUCCGGGCGCUCGUGCAGCUGCACCUGGCGGGGCUGCGCCGCUUCGACGCCGCACAGGUGGGGCCACAGAUUCCCCGGGCCGCGUUAGCCCGGCUACUGCGGGAUGCCGAGGGACUGCAGGAGCUGGCGCUGGCUCCGUGUCACGAAUGGCUGUCGGACGAGGACCUGGUACCAGUACUGGCACGGAAUCCGCAGCUACGGAGCGUAGCGCUGGCCGGCUGCGGCCAGCUGAGUCGCCGAGCGCUGGGGGCGCUGACGGAGGGCUGCCCGCGUCUGCAGCGCCUCUCGCUCGCUCACUGUGACUGGGUGGACGGGCUGGCACUACGCGGCCUCGCCGACCGCUGCCCGGCUCUGGAGGAGCUAGACCUAACCGCCUGUCGCCAACUCAAGGACGAGGCCAUCGUGUACCUGGCGCAGAGACGAGGCGCAGGCCUCCGCAGCCUCUCGUUGGCUGUCAACGCCAAUGUGGGGGACACCGCGGUCCAAGAGUUGGCUCGAAACUGCCCGCAACUCGAACACCUCGACCUCACAGGCUGCCUCCGGGUCGGAAGCGAUGGUGUCAGGACACUGGCGGAGUACUGCCCGGCGCUGCGCUCGCUGAGGGUGAGGCACUGCCACCAUGUGGCCGAACCCAGCCUGAGCCGCUUGCGGAAGCGUGGUGUGGACAUCGACGUGGAGCCACCUCUGCACCAGGCCCUGGUGCUACUCCAGGACAUGGCAGGCUUCGUACCCUUCGUCAACCUGCAGGUCUGACUGCAUUUCCGGUGGGUGGGAGCACAGCUGGACUGUGUAGCCGGGCCCGACACUGAGCUGUGGGGAAAUCGAACUGUGGGGGCUCGUGUGGUUGAAAGGCCUGGGGCGUGUCCUGCCCCACCCUGGAAUUUCAAAUAAAGAGCUUUUUACCCCUU